GAGAUUUUGAAAGGAAAAGAUUUGAAAGUGAAUGGCCAACGACCACCAACAAAGCCAUUUUUAUUUGAUUGUGAUUCCCAGUGGGAUCAAUUCAAUCCCGUGUUUUUUUGUUUCUUAUUAUUUGUAACAAUGUCGGUAGAAAAAUUGCUAACAAAUAGCGGAGCCACCGGCGAAACAGCAACAAGUGGUACCCUGAUGGUGGCCGAUGUCCGUUCAACGGACGGCAAAUAUCAUCGAGUGGCAUUGGAUCGCACUAAAAAAUUGAUCGAAUUCACGCUAACUGGGUAA